AUGAAUUAUCUUUAUUUAAAUAAUGUAUCUCAACAACCAAUAAGUCAUUCAUUUGUUUUUAAUAAACGAAAUGAAAAAAUUGAUUGGCGUCGAAUUGCUGCAAUUGAUGUUGAACGAAUAGCACGAGAAUUAAAUUUUCAAGUUCUACAAGACAAUAUUGAACAUAUUGCAUUAUGUAAUAUUGAUAUGGAAGUUGAUACUCGAGCGAUGGAUCCAAAUUUUGUUAAACUUUAUAAAAUGGCUCAAUUAAUAAUUGAAUAUCUUUUGCUUUGUCAAGAUCAAAUAACAAAUCAAUUAGUUGAUUAUGAACAAAUAAAAGGCAAAAGUGUUCAAGAUCAUGAAGAAUCACGUCGAGAAAUGGAAAAAUUACGAAAUGAUUUAAAUACAACAAAAAAAGAAUCAAAAAAACGAAAAAAAAUGAUUGAUACAUUACAAAAAAUGUUAAUGACACAACAACCAGCUCAUCAUACUUGUCCAAUUUGUGCACAUUCAUUUUUAAGUGUAGAUUAUUUACAAGCACAUAUACAUCGUCGUCAUCCGGAAUAUGGUUCCGGUGGACGACGUGAACAUGAUGUUGAUAUUGAAAAAGAAAUUCAACGUGUUAAAGAUGAAUUACAUAGUAAAGAAACAGAAUUACAACUUAUUAAAGUACAAAAAGUAUGUGAAAUAAAUUUUCUUUUACAAUGA